AUGGAUAGCAAUCAAAGCAAUCAUGAUGGCAGUAGUGUAGCUUCAUGGAUAAGCUCUUCGGAUGAAUUGGAUGUUGCUCCUGCUUCUGUUCUCUGGGGUGUUGCCUCGAUGGACACUGUCAUACCACGACCUUCACUGCAGCCCAUCGUAGCUGUUGCUGGAACUGGACCGAAUGGCAUUCCAUCCGCCUUGCUCACAAACCCCACUGCUAUAGUUGAGAGCAGAAGUCUGCGUCUCUCUCCCAUUCUAGCCAGUGCAGUUGCGCCUUCUGUUGCUGCUGCUGCCGCUGUCGGUUCAACAACCAAUUUAAUUUUCACUCCUGUCGUCGCUACUCCAAGUAUCACUCCUACAUAUCAUUCUACAAAUACUUCAAGACAACAUACCCAGACAUCUGCUCCUAAUCAUCCAGCGUAUCUCUCAUCUCCGUUGUAUAUAUUUCGCAACUCAAAUGCAGCUGUGAUCACUGUUGCCGCAUUUGCACUCUUUACCGAUAUGGCCAUAUACGGAAUUGUUAUUCCAAUCUUGCCUCAGAUUAUCACCGUUCGACUUGGAAUGGAUACAAAAUAUCUUGGCAUUCUUUUAUCUGGAUAUGCUGCUGGGCUUAUUCUCGUUACGCCAAUCAUUGGAAUUCUUUCUGAUAGAUUUAAAAAUCGCAAAGUGCCCAUGAUUAUCGGUAUCAUGUUUAUGAUCAUUGCUGCCUCAUUAUAUGCUUUUGGAAAUACUUUUGGGCAAUUGUUUUUGGCUAGAAUGUGUCAAGGUGUCUCGGGUGGAGUAUCCUGGACAAUUGGAUUCUGCAUGUUAGCAGAUAUUUUCCCACAAUCCCGACUAGGUGCAGUUAUGGGUAGUGUGUUGAUGGCCAACACUUUUGGGUUUUUAAUAGGUCCGCCACUCGGCGGUGUGUUUUUUGAGUUUAUUGGAGAAAGAUCUCCAUUUUUGUUUUGUGCUCUUUUGGCAUUUUUGGAUCUAAUGGCUCGUUUAUUUAUUCGACCUGGUGUGUCCUCUAUUCGAUACAAGGCUGUAUCUAUUCAAGAUGUGGACGAAGACAGUACUGAUACAGAAAGUGAGCAGCAAGAAGAUAAUCAAGAUUCGAACGAUCUACAUGACCGUAGCUCUCAUUUAGUAGCUAGUGUUUGCCAGCCUCUUCUCACACCUUCAGAUAGGAUAGAGUAUGAGAGUGUUGAGGUUGCUGAAAAUCUUUUUCCUCAAAGGAUUCAACAGAAUACGAUGCUGGAUCUUGUCAAAGAUUCACAGAUUCUAGUUACAUUGCUGUGCGUGAUUAUUAGCUCUUCGGUGUUUGCAGGAAUUGAACCUACACUUCCGAUAUACCUCUCACAAGAACUGAAGGCUUCUCCAUCAUUGGUUGGCGCCUUGUGGAUAUUUAUUGCUAUUCCGAGCAUGUUAGGAUGCUCAUGGGCAGGUCAUAUUAGUGACAAAUAUGGACGAAAGAAUGUAAUGGCGUUUGGCAUGCUGUUUUUUGCUAUAGCAUCUCCCAUGCUUGCACUAGGAAAGCAUAUGUUCAUUUUGAUUCCCGGUCUGAUUUGCUUUAGUCUAUCCAAUGCUGUGGCAUUGACACCAGCUAUGCCUGAAAUGGCAGACUUUAUGCAUGCACGCGAUGAUUCAGCGUUUGGCACCGUUUACGCCUUGUAUAAUUUAGCAUACUCUUCUGGCCAGCUUAUCGGACCUAUUGCUGGAUCGUUUUUGUUUCAACGGUUUGAUUUUAUGAUUCAGAUGCAAGUGUUUGGCGUUGCAUUGUUGCUUGGUGCGCCUAUUGCGUACAUUUUUUACGUAAAGUCGCUAAAAGUAGCAUAG